AUGCGCCUGCAGCAGCAGCAGCAGCAGUACCAGGAAAGCUGCAGCAGUAAAGCUUGCUGCAACGAUAGCUCCACACAGCGCAGCUCAUUGUUGCAGCAGCAGCAACAGCAGUUUCAACAGCUGCAGCGGUCAUUCCAGCAGCAGCAGCAGCAGCAGCGGCAACGCUACACGCAGGGCAGCAGCAAUGACCGCAGCAACAAUGCAGCCACAUCCCCUCAGCACCUGCAGCAGCAGCACCUGCAACAACAGCAGCAGCAACAGCAACAGCAGCAGCAGCAGCAGCAGCAACACACCGCCUGCAGAUCCUGGUGA